AUGCCGAGGGACACGUUCGAUUGGCUCGAAAUAAAACCCGAGAGGCUCAAGCCCACUGCAAAUCCCUUGCUAGGGUUCGAUGGAAAACGGGUGAAACCCGUUGGUAUGGUAGAAGUUGCAGUACAGGCUGCAGAAAGGGUUCUGAUAGAAAGCUUUGUGGUUGUUGAGAUCCAUCCAUCUUACAACCUUCUGAUGGGCAGAGGGUGGAUUCACAGAGUUCAGGGUGUUCCCUCAACUCUACACCAAGUGAUGAGAUGCCUGGGGCCUGACGGAAAUAAGGAGCCUCCACCCAGCCAAAGUGGGGAGGAGGAGUUGGGGAACUUGAUCGAAGAACCCCUUGUUGAUGUGCAGAUCGAUCAUAACAAACUGGAACGAACAACCAGAGUAGGAAUAAGACUUGCCGAGGAAGAGAAACGGGAGUUAAUUGAUUUUUUAUCUCAGAAUGCUGAUGUGUUCGCUUGGAGCCACUCGGACAUGCCCGGAAUAAGCCCUUCGUCAUCCUGCCACUCCCUCAACGUCAAUUCGAACGCGAAGCCUGUAAGGCAGAGGCAGAGGCAGAGGCAGAGAAGAUUUGCUCCAGAGCGUAAUUGGAUCAUAGCCGAGGAGGUUGAUAGGUUGCUUGAUGCGGGAUUCAUUAGAGAAGUAUAUUACCCAGACUGGCUUUCGAAUGUUGUAGUUGUGCGAAAAAAGAAUGGGAAGUGGCGAAUAUGCAUUGAUUUCACUAAUUUAAACAAAGCUUGUUCGAAUGAUAGUUUCCCGCUGCCAAAGAUUGAUCAAAUGGUGGAUGCCACUACUGGAUACGAACGUUUAACUUUCUUAAAUACUUAUUCAGCAUACAAUCAAAUCCCUAUGAACCCGGCUGAUAAGGAGAAAACUUCUUUUGUAACUGAACGAGGGACCUAA